ACUGUUUGUGUCUGCAUAAGUUAUAAUUCUAAUAAGAGGGAAGGGAUCAUUAUGAUAGUGAAUACAUACUAGAUUUUCAAAUUGAAGGACUGUUAACAAUAUCUAUUUCAAAAUGUCAACUUCUGUAGGUUCAGUUCAUAAAAGUUCAGAUUUAGUGAAGGACUAUGUUUGUGACCCUUGCGAAAGUAAAACUAUUGAAGAAAGUGCUGACUAUUUUUGUGUUACAUGUAUAAAGUUUUUCUGUCAAAAUUGCAUUUCUCAACAUGAUCAAUUAUAUGCAAAUCAUUCCAAAUAUGGGAGAGGAGAAACACAUAAAUGGCCUCUGCCAACGACAAUGGAAGAUUUGCUACUGAAAUGUGAUGUCCACAAGGUCAACAAACUGACAAUGUUCUGCCAGGAUCACAGUCAGCUGUGUUGCACUGAUUGUGCUUUUAUGAAUCACAGACAGUGCACUGAUGUGGCUCUUAUUUCUGAUACAAUCAAAAAGAUGUCAGUGGAUAUGCAACAGUUGUCAAACAGUCUUCAAAAUAUUUUAUGAUGAAUUUAAUACGUUUUAAAGUAAACAAGAGGCCAUCAUUCAGUCUGUGGAGGUAUCAUGGAGUGAAAAACUGCAAGAAAUUAAAGACCUUCGAAAGAAAUUAAAUGCUGCUUUGGAUGCACUUGAAAAUACAACCUUGAAAGAACUGGAUGAAAUGAGGACCACACUGCAAAGCUCUCUCAAGAAAGAUGUUGACAACUGCAGCAGGCUGAAGGAUGAACUGAAACAACUCAGUGAAGCUGUAAAUGUCCUUUGUAAUAAGAGCAAGAAAGAAAUUGAGUUCAUAGCCAGCAGAAAAUGUAUGGACAAAAUAAACAAGUCAGCAUCAUACCUGAAAGAUUAACAAAUAAAGUUGCAGAGUUCAAUAAUAUUUAAGGCAAACACUGACAUUGAGAAGUACCUGUCUCAACCGGCAGGUCUAGGAAGGAUUAAAGAGAUAAUUCCAGACCAGAUUUUAACUGUGGAUAGCAAAUCUGAGUUUAUGAUAAGCAUACCGAGUGACACAAAUGAUACUUGCUUCAUCGGUGGCAUUUGCAGCCUGCCCAGUGGCCAGGUCAUUGUUAUAGAUCAAAAUAACAAAAGAGUGAAGCUGUUGGACCAGCAUUACACUCUGUCCAGUCACUGUAAUUUGUCAGGCGAUCCUUGGGACAUUUGCAAAAUAACAUCCAAUGAGGUGGCUGUAACUGUUUAUAAAUAUGUGCAGUUUAUCUCUGUGACCAAUGGGCAACUGGUGAAUGUAAGGAAGUUCCAGUUACCGCAUGAAGCUGUAGGUAUUGCCUACCAUCAAGGAGCAUUGUAUGUCACUUCUUACAAUGCCCUGUACCACUUCACUCUGAAGGGAUCACUUGUGAAAAAACUCUACGAGGAUGGCAUUAAAUCUAUUUCAAAUACAGUGUUUAAAUGUGCAGUGAGUCCUGAUGGGGACAGGAUCUAUGUCACCAACUGCAAAAUGCACAAGCUCAUCACUCUGGCUUCAGAUGGCACCGUGAUAUCCACCUUCACGGACGAUGAACUUCAAAAACCAUGGGGUAUCCAUGUCACACCUGCAGGACAAGUGCUUGUCUGCGGAUGCAACUCAAAUACUGUCAUACAGGUGGAUCGGCAGGGGAAAAAGAAACUGGCAACUCUAGAAUCAAACAAAGAUGGAGUACGCCAGCCAGUGUCUGUCUGUUACAACAACAAGACUGACCAGAUCAUUGUGGGACUACAUAAUAACAAUAAAAUCAAUGUUAUGGAAUUGCCAUAGGUCUUCCAUUGGAAAAAAUUAUAUGAAUACGGUUUUAGAUGUUUUUUCCAUGUUUUCUAUGAAUGGUUCAUUUAGUAAUAGAAAUGUUAUCUAGGUUGAGAGAAAAAGCUAUUGAUAUAGUUUGUCUUUUGUUAAAUAAUUAUUUUUUUUAUUUAAAUGUGUUGUUCUUAUGCUUUAAAGAUCGUUUAAAACAAGCAAGCAUGACAACGUGGGAGCAGUGGUCUAAUGGUAGGACGCUGGCUUAGGGAUCAAGAGGUCCCAGGUUUGAAUCCCGCCCUAACCACUGGAAUUUCCUUGAGCAAGAAAUGAAUCACACAUCUGCUCAACACCACCCAGGUGUAUAAAUGGGUAUCUGUGGAAGAAAUAAGCCAAUGUGCCAUGGCUGUAUACUGCGUCAAUAUGUUAACGGACGACUUAUGACCCAGUGAUCAGGGAACAACUGUAAAGCACCUUUGAAGGCACAUCUGAGUAUGAAAAAGGGCGCUAUGUAAAUGUUGUAUAAACAAAAAACCUAUCUUUAUGUAUUAUGUUGAUACUGAUUAGUUCUACUGUCUGGCUCCAUUUUAUAUAUUGUUUGUCAAGAAGUAAAUAUUACAGUUGAUAUAUGUUGCUGUCUUUUAUACUCAGGGGUGCAGCCAGUGUUAACAAACGGCAGUAGGUCUGAACAUGAACAGGACAACCUGUUUGGAAAAAUGUUGUAGUAUUGUAAACUUUAUAUAUCAUGCUGUUUCGAUUGAUGUACUUACAGUACAUUUAAGCAUCUAUUCCGCAUUAUAUUCCAUGAGGUAUGGACCAUAUUUAAAAUAAUUGGAUGCUAAAGAGAAUGUUGUGAGAAGUUGCAGGCAAAAUGAUGUUAAACUGUUGAUGUAUGAUGUUGGACAAGUUAGGUUAUUGUUUAUCGCACAACAAAGGCCUUGAUGUGAUGUGCAAUAAAGUCACAAAAAUCUGCACCAAACUGGAUUUAGUUAUGAUUCAACCAGUUAAUUUCACACAAGUUGUGGGUGAGCACCUAGCUGUUCACAAACAGCUAAUUAGGAUGUGCAUGAUUUGAUUGGUCCAUAUAUAGCAGAAUAGUGACAACAGUCAGAUCAGAACUUGCAAAACGCUUAUGAAAAUUGCAAGCGCUGAAUAAACAUGAUGAGACAAUAAGGAAUGGUGUCCACAUUGAUUGGAAAGUUAAGGUACAGUGGAGCAGCUUUGCUAAAACUGUCUUUGGAAGCGUACACUGAAAUUCAAUUGAAGAUGCAGUACAUAACUUAUUAUUUGGAAGAUUUUGUUUUUUUGAAUUCGAUAAAAUGUUAUGAUCACCAGGAAGCAUUGCUUUGACAUUUAAACUUCUUUAGGCUUACAAUUUUGGUUUAAAUACAGCUUACUGACAUAUGUUACCUCUUAAAUGAUAGAAGCAGGGUCUAACUUAAGUGGAUGCACGCUUUCCAAUUGUGGGAUAUAAUUUGUGAGAGCAACUAAUUUAAAAGAGUUGGUAGCUCGUAGGGCAAGUCAUUUAUCAUACAUAGUGACUUUUCUUUUGCAUCUUUCUUCUGCUAUUACUUAUAAUCUCUGUGUUAAUAUCAAUGUUUAUCAAUUAUUUGUAAAAAAAUUUUAGUUUUGCAUUUAGCAAAAAUCUGUGUUCUGUUUGGAAGUGUGUCCAACAUGGCAGGCAUUAUGUAACAAUCCAAAUGUCAGAAGGCAAAUAUUUUAAGGAUUAAGGAAUGUAACACAACAUUUUGAUUUUCUUUUAUGUUUAGCUCACCUGUCACGAAGUGACAUGGUGAGA